AUGGGAUACAAUUACACAAAAGCAAUGGUUAUGACCGGUGCGGCCGUCGCUGUAGCGUGGCUUGUCUAUUACCUUGUCAAGGACGAAGAACCUGAAGAUGAUUGCGAUUUGUACAAGAAAGAAUACGGUGCUGGUGUUAUGAACUCUGCAAGUUCAAUUGUUGAAAAAUUGUCAAGAGCAGAUGUACUUGAUCUACUUGCUAAAAUCGCAGUCAGCCAAGAAAAGGCAAAGACAUUAAUCAAGACUUUAGUGAAAGAAUUAAUUGAAAACGAUUUUAAAGAAACCAUGGAAGAACUAUAUCAAAGAAUCGUUAACGAGGUACCUAUUGACCCUUUGAAGACAAAGGGACUCACACUUUUCGACCUAGACUACCUAGUUGAAAGAUAUCAAAAUGACCCUGCUGUCAGAGCUCAUAUCAUGAGGAUGAUCAAUUUACCACAAGGAGACGUUGAAGAAGAUGAAACUGAUAUACCAGCGGAUGAUGUAGUGGCUGUAUACGAGUUCAUGUUGGCUGAAUUGCAGAAUCUACAAACUACACAACAACCUUUAACUGCACAACCUGAAUUGAAUACCAAUGCUGCAAGUCUAACAGUACAAGCUAUCAUCGCAGCUAAGGUACAAGACAAGUUCGGAUACACAUCGAUACAAAUAGAUAGAGCAAUCACAAACCAUCAGGGUGAACUUGGUAUGAAUACAAAGUUCGCAAGAUUGGCUAUGCAGAUACAAAGUGAAAUGACAGAAAUUACAGGGACUAGUUGA